GAUAGAGGACGUCAGUUCAACUCGCCCCAUCAAGGCGGUAUGGCUCACUUACAUUUGUCUGUCCGAAUAUUUCCAAGUUAAAGUGUGAAUUCCCCCUGUAAUGCCGCAAUCACCCGUCGUCUAACUAAACGGAAUUAAUAAUUAGGUGUUACUUUCGUUUUUAUUUUCCUGUGAUUCAUAAUGUUAUCACAAAUAAAAAAUAGUUCAACGAGAAAAUUGGAAGGAAAAAGAACAAAAGAAUUGAUGUCAUCUUCAAGUCUUUCGGGCAUGUCACAAUUAUCAAAUAGCAGUGAAGAAUCAGAAAGUACAACGAAGGACAAAAGUCCGCAGUUUAACGAAUGGCUGUUAAAUGGACCGACGGGGAACAAAUCAUCAAUCUUACGUUUCAAAUGCUCAGCUUUGUCAACGCCUCCGGAAAACCCACCGGCGAAAAAACUUCACAUGACCUACAAGAUUUUUCAAACAGAAACAAAACUCAUAAAUUUUCUUCUUCAGUCGCAUGGAUUUUCUGAGGUAUCAAUAAAUGAAAAUGAUUUUAAUCUUCUUUGGAUUGGAAAUCAUCCGAAACCCGAUGUCCUUCGUAAUUUGACACCUUAUCAAAAAGUCAAUCAUUUUCCUAGAUCAUACGAAAUAACGAGGAAGGAUCGUCUGUAUAAAAAUAUUGAAGCGAUGCAAAGAAGCAAAGGAGUACGUAAUUUGGAUUUUAUACCACAAACGUUUCUUCUUCCCAGUGAAUCGAAAGAACUUCUAACAGCCCACUUUAGGUAUCGAGGUCCCUGGAUUGUCAAACCAAAAGCAAGUUCCAGAGGUCGUGGAAUUUAUAUCGUCAAUAGUCCGGAGAAAAUUUUGACUGACGAAUCUGUGAUUGUCGCGCAGUAUAUAAAUAAUCCUCUAUUGGUGGAUGGACAUAAAUGUGAUUUGAGAUUGUAUGUUGCCGUUACGAAUUACGAUCCUCUUUUAAUUUAUCUCUACGAGGAAGGAUUAGUAAGAUUUGCUACUGUCAAAUACGAUGGUGGCAAUCAGUACGUGUGGAAUCCCUGUAUGCAUCUCUGCAAUUACAGCAUCAAUAAAUUUCACGUCGACUAUGUCAAAAAUGAUGAUCCAGAUGCAGAAGAUGUGGGACAUAAAUGGACAUUGUCAGCUCUACUUAGACAUUUGCGAUCCAUUGGACAAGAUACAGAAUUACUGAUGCAACGAAUAGAAGAUGUUAUAAUAAAGUCAAUUCUCGCAACGGCUUCUGGUAUCGUUAGUGGAAUGAAACAAUUUGUUAAGCAUCCGGACACUUGUUUUGAAUUAUUUGGAUUUGACAUACUGAUUGAUGAUUGUCUGAAACCUUGGCUACUGGAAGUGAACUUGACUCCGUCUUUGGGCUGUGAUUCGCCAUUGGACGUGAGAUUGAAAUCUGCUUUAAUCGCAGAUCUGCUUACCCUCGUUGGCAUACCCGCUGUUGAUCCCAUCCUAAGACCUCAAGCAACAAGUCAAAAUAAAUUUGCCAAUCCCACUAGAAAAAUAACUAGUUAUCGAAGAGUUCAUUCAGCUGAGACUUUGGCUCAAAAAAAGAAAACUACCUCAAAGAAUUCAUUGAAUAAAACGGGUCUUUCCUCGGAGCAACAACGAAUUGUCGCUUCGGCAAAAGCACAAUUUGAACGUAGAGGCGGUUUCGUACGAAUUUUUCCAAGUCCAAAGUCCUGGGAAAUGUAUUCACAGUAUUUAGAUCCAAUCACGGGAAUUCCAGUGGUUACUGAUCCCCUUGGUCCAGGUAGAGUGCCGCAACACAUUAACACAAAUCACAAUUUAAUGUUGCACGAGCAACUAUUUCCAGCUGUUAAUCGUAUUGGUUUCAUAAUUCAGGAAGUCAAGUUGGACAGACUUUCCAGGUAUGAAAGGUACGAGAGAGCACUUCUUAAAGGACACAAGGAAAGUCUGGAUCGUGGAGAUAGUAAAGAAAAUAUCGAUAUUGAUAGCCAAAAAUAUAAAGCUCAAGUAAUGCAAUUAAUGGAAGACGGCAACAAAUUAAGCCCCGGAGAGGCGAGAAAAGCCUUUGGUCUAUAUUUAGGUUUUAUAUUACGCAAAAUAUCGCAGCCAAAUGCUGAUCCAGUUUGUUGUGAUCUUGUUACGAAAUUUUUACAACAAUCUUCUAGUAAUUUAAAAACGCCUUUCUUAUUCACUUUGCCAAAUAGUAAAUUGAGUGAUAAGGAUAGAGCUGCCAUAACUGCAAAGCAGUUAUCGGACUUUUUGCAACAAUACAAUAAAGAAACUGAUCUUUAUGCCGAUACCGUUGAUCGGCCAAGAACUGUUCCCAACAGACUUUUUCAAAAAUUUCUCGCAGCAGCAAAUGAAGAGGAUCUCGAUGACGUGUUAAUUUUACAAACACGCCUCUAUAAUUGCGCUCACAGUUUUUUGGGUAGAAGUGGAUUUGCCGGAAGUUUGCGAGGUCCAAAUCUUCUUUGUUGUUUGCCGCACAUCACUUCGCGCGUUCAUUCGAAUGCAAUCACUAAUGAACAAUGCAAAUGCAACCAAACCAUGAGUCGGCCAACUAAGGCGCCUAGAACUUAAUUUUAAUUUUUUGUUUUUUUUUUUUUGUCUCUUAUCUUCUACUAGAUUUCAAUUUAUUAUGUUUUUUUUGUGUUUCUCUUUUUGAAAUAAGUGUUGAUCACCUUUUUUUUUACAUAUAUUAUAUAUUUAUAUAUUUAUUUAUUUCGAGUCACUUAAAAAAAAAAAAUAUUUAUUUAUAUUUGUUAAACAGUCAAAAGUUUUUAUAUCUUUCUGUUUUUUUUCAUCUUUUUUAUAUUAUUAUUUUUUUUAUUAUUAUUACUAUUAUUACUAUUAUUAUUAUUAUUAUUAUUAUUAUUAUUAUUAUUAUUAUAUAUUUAAAUAAUUCGUAUUGUUUAAAAUUCCCUAGUCGUUUCAAUUAUAUUUAUUCCGCAAAAAAAAGCGCGAUUAUUGUGAUUGCAAAAAAAAAAAAAAAAAAUACAAACACCGAUGAUUAUUUCAAAAACCAGGUUUUCUAAAAAAAAUAGUUUUCGCUUUUUCUAAAAUAUUCAAAA